UCUCUCCUCCUCCGUCUUCUUCUUCAUUCCUUUUUCUCUCUGUGCACUCCAUCCAUCAUACCGUCCUCUCUCCUUUGUUUUUCAACCCUCUCUAUCUCUCUCUCUCUUCUGUCUUCUCCAUUUCUCUCUUCUCUCAUCUUUCUAUACAUAAACUAAAAGCAUUUAUAUGAUCCAAUAUUACAUAAACACACUACUUCCCUUAUUUUAAAGGCAAGGGGGGGCAAAAGAACAGUUUUUAUAAGGGAGAAAUUUAUUCAAUUCACUCCUACUUCAAUUCCAUCCUAUAUUAUUAAUUAUUAAUAAUAUAAUAUACAUCAAAUCAAAUACUAUAUAUAUAUUAAAAAGUUUUUACUAGUUUUGAGUUAAUAUAUAAUUCAUUCUAAUAAUAAUAAAAAUAAAUCUCUCUUUCUCUCUCUUGGGUUUGAUGUGUCUAUGGCUGGUUUGGAUUUAGGAACAGCUUCACGCUUCGUUCAAAACCUGCACAGACCGGAAUUCAACCUGCAUCACAACCAUCAUCAUCAACAACAACAUCAUCAUCAUCAUCAUCACCAACAAGAUUCUGAAGAAGACGCCAACAACAACCACCAAGAUCACUAUGAGGAUGAUGCUCCCCACGACCACACGGGUUUGGACCUCGCAACGGCCUCCGCGGGGGAUGUCGUCGCACGCCGUCCUAGGGGUAGGCCGCCGGGAUCCAAGAACAAGCCCAAGCCGCCGGUCAUCAUAACCAGGGAGAGCGCCAACACGCUCAGAGCACACAUCCUCGAGGUAGCCAGCGGCUGCGACGUCUUUGACAGCGUCGCCACCUACGCCCGCCGCCGCCAGCGCGGGAUCUGCAUCCUCAGUGGCAGCGGCACCGUCAAUAACGUCACCAUCAGGCAACCAGCCGCCGCCGGAGCAGUAGUCACGCUCCACGGCAGGUUCGAGAUAUUGUCCCUCUCCGGCUCGUUCCUUCCGCCGCCGGCUCCCCCCGGCGCCACCAGCCUAAGCAUAUACCUCGCCGGAGGUCAGGGACAGGUGGUCGGAGGGAGUGUGGUUGGGGAGUUGAUCGCGGCGGGGCCGGUGAUUGUGAUCGCUUCUUCGUUCACGAACGUGGCUUAUGAGAGGUUGCCUUUGGACGAAGAUGAACAGCAGCUUCCAGGUGGCGGCGGCGGUCAGGGUUCCGGUGGUGGUGGUGGUAAUAGUCCGUUUGGUGACCCAUCCUCAGGGCUUCCUUUCUUUAAUUUGCCGGUGAAUAUGCCGAAUAAUGUUCAGUUGCCAUCAGCAGUGGAUGGGUUUUCACGUCCACCACCACCAUUUUAAUUUGAUUACUAUUGCACUCUUAAUCUAAUUAAUGUGGAUAUUCAAAGUGUUGAUCCAGCAAUUUUUGCAACUGCGCGCCCCUUCAUGAUGAUCAUGAGUUUGCCUUUCUUGAAUUUGAGGUCAGCAAAAUCAAAUCGUGGACUACUACAUAUAUAUAUUUGUUCUUCUUCUUCUUCUUCUUCUUCUUGUAGUGUGGUUUAUUCAGUGAGUCAUGUCAUGUGUACUUUUUUUUUUAUCACUUGUUUUAAUUACUUUGUUAUAUGAAUUAAUUAGUGUUUGUCUCAAAUGUUUUUUAUUUCAAUUUUCAGAACUUUAGCUUUCCACUGAACUAUAUUUA